AAAAAAAAUAUGAAUCUGUUACACUUGAAGAUGCGCUUCCGGUUGAGCCCUGAGAGGAAUGGGCAGCGUUUUACUGAGUUAAACUGGGAGCUGUUUUACUAGCGAUCCGUGCUGUCCGAGUGUGCCUCUUGUAGCCAUGGAUAUCCCAGCGCCACCCGAGGACCAGGAGCUGAGGAAUGUCAUCGAUAAAUUGGCCCAGUUUGUGGCCCGGAAUGGCCCAGAGUUUGAGAAGAUGACGAUGGAGAAGCAGAAGGAAAACCCCAAAUUCUCCUUCCUGUUUGGCGGAGAGUUCUUCAACUACUACAAGUACAAACUGGCCGUUGAGCAGCAACAGCAUUCUACUACACACGAAUGUGAGGAGUAUAAGUUGGAAGUGCUCUGUAAACAGCCAGGACAAGAGGCUCCAGAUGCUCCACCCCCCAUGGCCACACUGCCCCCUCCUCCCAUCCCUCCCGCCACCCCCUCGGUGGAUGAGCUUGUCCAGCAGAGCCAGUGGAAUCUGCAGCAACAAGAGCAGCACCUGCACAGCCUCAGACAGGAGCAGGUGUCUGCUGCGAUUGCCUUGGCCAUGGAGCAGCAAACCCAGAAACUGCUUGUGGAGACACAGCUGGACAUGGGGGAGUUUGAUAGUCUGCUGCAGCCCAUCAUUGAUACCUGCACUAAAGACGCCAUCUCAGCUGGGAAGAACUGGAUGUUUAACAAUGCAAAAACCCCUCAGCACUGUGAGCUGAUGGGCGGUCACCUCCGUAAUCGCAUCACAGCUGAAGGUGCCCACUUUGAGCUCCGACUGCACCUCAUUUAUCUCAUCAACGAUGUCCUCCAUCACUGUCAAAGGAAACAGCAAAGGGACCUUCUUGCAGCCCUGCAGAAAGUUGUCGUCCCAAUUUACUGCACUAGUUUUCUAGCUGUAGAAGAGGACAAACAGCAGAAAAUCGCCAGACUACUGCAGCUCUGGGAAAAGAAUGGCUACUUUGACGAGUCGACAAUCCAGCAGCUGCAGAGUCCUGCGCUGGGGCUGGGGCAGUAUCAGGCGUCGCUGAUCACCGAGUACGCCGCCGUUGUCCAGCCUGUCCAGCUGGCCUUUCAGCAGCAGAUCCAGACGCUGAAGAGCCACCAUGAGGAGUUUGUGGCCAGCCUGAAGCAGCAGCAGCAGGCGGCGGCUGUAGCGGCGCAGCUGGCCCCAGUGGAGAGCGAGGUGAAGCCUGCCGCGCCUGGGGCAACCGUGACGGCGCAGCCAGGUGAUGUCAAGGCGACGAUGUCUGUCCCCCCUCCAGGGGAUUAUGAUCCCGCCCAACCUGGAGCCCAGGACCCACUGGCUGCAGCAGCUGUGGCCCCUAGGGGGCCCAGCGACCCCAUUCCUGCCACCAAGCCAAACUGGUUUGACCCUCAGCACAGCAUGUCUGCCUGGCCCCAGCAGCAGCCGCCCCCCUUCGACCCCACCCAGGGCCCCCCCCCGUGCCCCCCCUGGAACAGCCACGAGGGGAUGUGGAACGAGCAGCGGGACCCCAGCUGGAGCGGCCAGCGGGAGAGCGGCCCCUGGAACAGCCAGCCGGAGCCGCCCCCCUCCUGGAGCGGCCAGUACGAGGCCCCCUGGAGCAGCCAGCCCCCCGAGCAGCCGCCCUGGGGUCAGAGGGAGCCUCCCUUUCGAAUGCAGCGCCCCCCGCACUUCAGAGGCCCGUUCCCCCCGCACCAGCAGCCCCCCCAGUUCAACCAGCCCCCCCAUCCGCAUAACUUCAACCGCUUCCCGCCACGCUUCAUGCAAGACGACUUCCCCCCGCGCCAUCACUUCGAGCGGCCCCCCUAUCCGCCUCAUCGCUUUGACUACCCGCAGGGAGACUUCCCCGGAGAUUUGGGUCCUCCUCACCACCACCCGGGCCACAGGAUGCCUCCCCCUGGGAUGGGAGAGCACCCUCCAUGGGCGGGUCCCCAGCACCCAGACUUCGGCCCCCCACCCCAUGGCUUCAACGGCCAGCCCCCCCACAUAAGGCGGCAGGGCCCCACUCACGUCAACCACGAUGACCCCAGUCUGGUCCCCAACGUCCCUUACUUUGACCUGCCAGCUGGACUCAUGGCUCCUCUGGUCAAACUUGAAGACCACGACUACAAGCCCUUGGACCCCAAAGACAUCCGCCUCCCGCCCCCAAUGCCCCCCAGUGACCGGCUGCUGGCCGCGGUCGAGGCCUUCUACAGCCCCCCCUCUCAUGACAGACCGAGGAACAGCGAGGGCUGGGAACAGAAUGGGCUGUACGAGUUUUUCAGAGCUAAAAUGCGAGCGAGGCGGAAAAAAGGACAAGAAAAACGCAACAGCGCGCGAGGCAGCCGGUCCUGCAGCCGCUCGCGGAGCCGAGACGGGUCCUCCUCGCGCUCCAGCUCCAGGUCCUCCAAAUCCUCGCGCUCCUCCUCCGGCUCCAGAUCUCGCUCCCAGUCCCGGUCCCGGUCCCGCUCCUACUCCCGAUCCCGGUCCAGGAGCAGGAGUGGCUCUCGGUCCUCCCGCAGCCGAUCCCGAUCCCGAUCCCGCUCCCGCUCGCGGUCGUACUCUCCGGACAAGCGGCGCCACACCAAAUCCAGGAGCCCAACCCCACCCUCCACCUCUGGGCUUGGUGCUUCCUCUUCCACCCUGACUGCAGAGCCGAGGCUGGGAGAGGAGAACAAAGGGCACCAGAUGCUGAUGAAGAUGGGCUGGAGUGGUUCUGGUGGGCUUGGAGCAAAGGAGCAGGGUAUCCAAGACCCCAUCAAAGGAGGAGAUGUGCGGGACAAGUGGGACCAGUACAAGGGAGUGGGAGUGUCGCUGGAUGAUCCCUAUGAGAACUACCGGAGAAACAAGAGCUACUCCUUCAUUGCACGCAUGAAGGCAAGGGAGGAGGUAAACCGGGAGCCACAGGACCCCCCUGCCCCAGAAUAACUGACACCCUGGAUUUGUGCUGAUCCCUCCAGGAAUGGCCUCCUUCACCAGAAUGUCGUCGUUUUACUUUUUCCAUGUAGUGAUCACUGAGGUUCCAGCAAUAUUUUUUCUCCCAUCUUUAAAAUGUUUCCCAGGUGAAAAUGUGAAAAGUCCCCACCCCACCGUUUUUUGUCUGUACAAACACAAGGGGAUUGUAUUUUAAUUCUGUAUUUCAACUCAUAUAAGUCUGGUUGUGAUCUGGAUAUAACAAUGUACAGUACCUUUUUUUAGCAAUGAUAAGUAAAUCGGUAGAUUUUGAACAAUGUAUUGUUUUUUUUUGCUAAUUGUUCUCAGUUACUACAGUCGGUCUUUCACGAUUCACCAUUGCUUAAUAUUACAUUUUAGAGAGUAAUCCUUUUGGAUUUUGUUCAAGGGGAACAAAAAAGAUGGUUAUGAUUUAAACAGUUACAGUUUUGUGCGUAGAUCACUUUUUUCAUUCAGAACUGAUAUUGUAAAGUCACAGCUUGACAUGGCUUACUAAAUGGCAUGAGGUUGUAGUAGCCAAUAAUAAAAGGAAACUUAUAUGAGA